CGACAUUCUCAAAGGAGGCCAAUAACAUCCUCCACCACAACAAAGUUGUACUGACGGAUUACCACUGCGCUGCAUCGCCUUCGAGACGUUACAUAUCUCAUCCUCCACUUGUGAGUUUUUUUUUCUUAACAUCUUAAUACCUACAUUAUAUAGCCUCGUGCAAAAUAUUUUGGAUGUAACAAAAGGUAUAUAUUUUCUUUGGGGGCAUCGACAUUGGUAACAACUAACAAAUACAAUUUGAACUCAAAAAAGCCGUCCCCAGCCUUCCGCUGUCCAUGGAAGGACUGACUCGGUCCUCUCCGCCUCGUCGUCCUUCUGUUCAUCGUCAAUUCGUCAUCUUUCCUUUAAUCCAUCUAGCUAUCGUCCAUUUAGUGACCAAUUCCGGCUCUUAAUCUUGUUGCGUGUAUAUAUUUCUAGCCAACACGCACAAUCAAUCUCAUUAGUGAAUUAAUUUAUCCUCCUCCUCCGUCUUCUUCGUUUUCCUGCUGUCAAUCUCCGGCCGGCGAACAUGCCGGCGUUGAUCGAAUUCCCGAGCUGCCUCUUGCUCGCCCUUUCCUUCUUCUUCUUCCUCCUCAAUGCUUUCAUCGUCACAACAGCUGCUGAGAUCUUCACCGUCGGAGAUGAGAAUGGAUGGACGAUGCAGGUCAACUACGGCGCCUGGACCGACAAGCACAACUUCACCGUCGGCGACAUUCUCGAGUUCAAGUACACAAGAACAGAGCACAAUGUGUACGAGGUGACGAAGGAAGUGUACCAAUCGUGCAACGCGAGCAGCGGCGGCGUGCUGGCCAAGUACCAGACGGGGAACGAUCAAAUUGAGCUCAAGGAGGCGAAGAAGCACUGGUUUAUCUGCGAAAUUGAUGGGCAUUGCCUUGGUGGGAUGAGAUUGGCGGUUGAUGUGGCAGAGCGACAACCGACAGCUGCCGGCACCGGCAGUAGCGGCGGCGGCGCCGGUGAGCCAGUGCCUGUAUCAGGCGGCGGCGGAGGAAACAGUGGUGAUAGUUCCUGUGGCUGGAGCAAUCGUAGCUAUGCAUUUGGAAGAUGUUGUAGCUUGUUUGUGUACUUGGUUCUUGUUUCUGCUUGCAUUUGGAAAUGAUGAUCAUUUACUCUGGAUUUGUUUAUGUUGUUGACAAUGUUUUGACUGUGGGAAAGAGAGGUUAAUUUUCUGCAAUGGGUUUUUAAUAUUUCUAACUAUUCAGAUUUUUUUAUUGGAUACUAUUUAUUAAUGUUAUUAGUAUUAUUAGAUCAUACCGUUAUCUUUACCACGAAUUCGUCAAAAGAUUGUACCUAUUGUAUUAUAAUCUGAUUGAUAAUCAAGAUAUUGUCCGUUUUGGUUUCUCGAAACAUCACUCAUCUUUGCAGUGCUUCAAACCAAAUAAGUUUAAUUUCAGAGUUCUUUAACAUAAUUUCUCAAUUUCACCCCAAAACUCGUCUUUGUGAGUGAAAUUUUUUUUAUAAUGAAAAUUAGAUGGUUCC